AUAAGGUUAUUUUGUUUAAUUUGUUUUAAACAAAGUUGAUAACAUAUAUCACACAUGUCGCAAUUAAUAAUAAUUCAGUUAUUAUUAUACGUAUAGUGUUGUGCGAGUCAUAGCGUAAGAAUCGAAAAACUCUUGUCUGCUAUAACCUCACAAGUCUGUGACAGCUGUCAAAUGAUGUUUUUAUUCCUUAAUUAUAAUUAUCUACAAUUACGUUAAGUGAAUAGCGAAUUUUAACGCUGCUUCUUACGUAAAUAGUAAAAUGUGUACAAGAAUUAAUCACGUAUGCAAAUAUAAAUAGCAUAGGUAGAGUGUUUCGGCGAUCAAGUUGCUCAAACCUGUUGCCCUAUUUAAAAAUGCUUAUAAGGAAACUAAUUUUAAGAAUACAGUGAGACACACACAACAUCAACAAUGUCAGGAAACAAUCCACCAGCAGUCACCGCCACAGAAGGUGUAAAUCCAGAGAACAACUAUGUAAACAUCGGACCACUUAUAAACACCAAUCGUUUAAGAAAUAACAAUAAUCAAAACCCACUGUUUCACGUCAGGGACCGCCUGUUCCACACACUUUUCUUUCGUACUGCUCUGGCAUACGCCCGAACUGUUCCUAAACCGAUACGACGUAUAAUCGAAUUCAUGGUACUGUUGAAAGCGAUUGGGGCUUUCUUCGUCUUAGUUUACAUACACGUAGCCUUCACCAAAACACCUGUGACGUGUUUAGAUCAUAUAAAGCACACGUGGCCGAAGGACGGCAUACUGAGGGUGGAAAUAGUACGUAACCCAGGCCAAGAUUACAGCAUAGAGAAAAGUUACGCAAAGGAGCAGAAAUUAAAACACGAAAAGGACGAGGACUUCACAACCAUGCUGGGAUUUGUCGUUAGAGACGGUAUUAUUAACAUCGAACCGUCGUCGGUCCAAGACAGUGGUAAGGAGACUGAACCUCUCGAUACAUACUACAGGAAUCAGACUGAUUUAACCAACGAGCAAAUUAAUAUUAUUAAUUUUUUACCUAGUGCUAUUGAAAAUUUAUCGGACAGUGUGCAGGUUACCACCACAGCUUGGAGUGGUUUGCAAGUCGGCGUUAAUGAUGCUGAAAGUGCAGUGAAGUACCCUAACCAAAGUGUUGUGUCACAUUUUGUCAGUGAGGACAGUCAAACUAAGAGGAAAGUCUUGGUUGAGAAAUCUACAAAAGCUUGGCCCGAAGAUGAAUAUAUAGUGGAGUAUUCUUUGGAGUAUGGCUUUCUCCGCUUGAGCCCUUCCACGAGAGCAAGGCUAGGAAUUCCUGUGCAGAUUGUUACUUUGGAUCCGGGGAGUGAUGCAUGUUUCGGGGAUGCGUUUAGUCGCUUUGUGUUGGAGGAGUUCUUAGGGUUUGACGAUUUGUUAAUGGCGUCUAUUAAAGCCCUUGCUGAAAAAGAAGAUAAUAAAGGCUACUUGAGGAAUGUUGUCACAGGUGAACAUUACCGGUUUGUCAGUAUGUGGAUGGCCAGAAGUACUUAUUUUGCUGCCUUUUUUAUUAUGAUCGUUUUUACGGUGUCCGUGUCCAUGCUGCUACGCUACUCGCAUCACCAGAUAUUCGUGUUCAUCGUUGAUUUACUUCAAAUGCUUGAAUUUAACGUCACCGUCACGUUUCCCGCUGCGCCUCUGCUUACAGUCAUUUUGGCAUUAGUCGGAAUGGAGGCCAUCAUGUCGGAGUUUUUCAACGAUACCACCACCGCCUUCUAUAUAAUUUUAAUUGUAUGGAUUGCCGAUCAGUACGACGCCAUUUGCUGCCAUACUUCAAUCACCAAACGUUACUGGCUCAGAUUCUUCUUUCUAUACCACUUCACUUUUUACGCCUACCAUUACCGCUUCAAUGGACAGUACAGUAGUUUGGCGCUUGUGACUUCGUGGCUUUUUAUACAGCACUCCAUGUUAUACUUCUUUCACCACUACGAAUUGCCGGUAAUACUCCAGCAAGCCCACUUUCAAGAGUUCAUUUUAAGAAAUACACAACGCGAGGUUACCACUAUAAGGUCUAUUCCUCAGGGAAUCGCGGCAAUAAAUCCUUUAACAACACGGAUCACUCAAUUUUUGUCCACUUUACGAUCAACAGCGACCACCCAAACCACGACCACUACCAACCCUACGACCGCUACAACUGAAGUGACGAACGUCGCCACGUCCACAUCUACCACCCCAACAUCAACUGUGGGCACUACAGCUCAACCAACUACGUCAAGUCAAACGAGCCAGACAAUACCAGCAGCAGUUCUUUCGGCUGCCGCCCAAACUCCUCCUGGUGUACCAACAGCAGCAGCCGCAAGUCAAACAUCUGAAACACCUCAUCCUCGUCCACCAAGCGGCUCGGAUGAGCCCACCAAUCAACAAUAACCGACAAUACCCCAACAUUACAACCCCGUGUAGAAUAUUAUGCUUAGAUUUUUGUUUUGACAUUUAUUACAUUGAUGUAAAUUAAUUUUUAAUAGGUGGGUGUAGGUAAUGAUUGAAAACAGUGCUAGAAAAAAAUAAAGAGAAAUAACAUUA